ACAGGUCGAACUUUAUUAUCAACCACUCGAUACCAGCUGCAAGUCCUCCAACAGACAGCACACAGGAAAGAACAAUUUGGAUUUUCAGACACAAGGCAUGGAGGAUUCAACUUGAUCCUUUUGGAUGUUGAACUGAAGUUUCAGAACUUUAAGACUGCAAGUGUGGCACACUGAAGCUGAUGACCUGACAAAGGACGUGGAAAUCUCAUAGUGUCAGCGCAUCACCCUGAAUCCAUCCAACUGAGAUCCAAACGCAGUGUGAGGCACUCAACCGCAGAGACACUACAGAAAGGUGGCUUCCUGACCCCAUUGGUCCACAGUGGUCCCAUAAUGGGGAAGACUGGGCAAAGUACAGUGGACUUGAACUCCCCUUCAGAGGUCAAACAAGCAGUUCCCUUUGAGGAGCUGGAUCGUGUGGCGCCCCCUGCAGAUAAUAAGAAGAAUGUGGAAGAGCCUCCUGACAGGGGAAGCUGGAAGGGCAAGUUUGAUUUCCUCCUCUCAUGCGUGGGAUACGCCAUCGGUUUAGGAAAUGUGUGGAGGUUUCCCUAUUUGUGUGGCAAGAAUGGUGGAGGGGCCUUCCUGAUCCCAUACUUUAUGACACUGGUCUUUGCUGGGAUACCACUUUUCUUCCUGGAAACAGCUCUGGGACAGUUCACUUCAGUUGGAGGACUUGGGGUGUGGAGACUAAUCCCUAUGAUGAAGGGAGUUGGUCUGGCUGCAGUUGUUUUGUCCUUCUGGCUCAACAUCUACUACAUUAUCAUCAUUGCUUGGGCGCUCUACUACUUAUUCAACUCUUUUGGUUCGGAGCUGCCUUGGCAAAGCUGUGAUAACCCCUGGAACACGGAAAAAUGUUUUUCCAACUACAGUCUGACAGACACCACCAACUUGACCAGCGCUGUCACCGAGUUUUGGGAGCGUAACAUGCACCAGCUGUCUAAUGGCCUGGAGGAACCAGGAGAGCUACGCUGGCCCUUAGUGGGCACUCUUGGGCUGGCGUGGGUUCUUGUCUACUUCUCAAUCUGGAAAGGAGUUGAAUGGACGGGAAAGGUAGUGUAUUUCUCAGCCACCUAUCCCUACUUCAUGCUGUUCAUCCUGUUCUUCAGGGGGGUCACACUCCCUGGAGCCAUAGAUGGGAUUCUCUUCUACAUUACUCCAGACUUCAAUAAGCUCGUCCGAUCUGAGGUGUGGCUGGAUGCAGCAACUCAAAUCUUCUUUUCAUACGGACUGGGCCUGGGAUCCCUCAUCGCAUUGGGAAGCUACAACUCUUACAACAACGAUGUCUACAAGGAUGCAGUCAUAGUAUGCUGCAUCAACUCUUGCACCAGCAUGUUUGCUGGAUUUGUCAUCUUCUCCAUCGUAGGCUUCAUGUCCUACAUCACGAAGAAACCCGUGCACGAACUGGCAGCAUCAGGUCCAGGGCUGGCAUUUUUAGCGUAUCCUCAGGCAGUCACACAGCUUCCCAUGUCCUCGCUAUGGGCCAUCCUGUUCUUCUCCAUGCUCAUGAUGUUGGGCCUGGACAGUCAGUUCUGCACAGUAGAGGGCUUCAUCACAGCUCUGAUGGAUGAAUAUCCCAUGGUUUUGCGAAAGAGGAAGAAGGUCUUCAUCCUCAUUGUCUGCCUCAUCUCCUUCAUCAUCGGCUUCUCUAACAUCACGCAGGGUGGUCUCUAUGUGUUCAAGCUGUUUGAUUACUACUCCGCCAGUGGGAUGUGUCUGCUCUUCCUCGUCUUCUUUGAAACCAUUUCCAUAUCCUGGUUUUAUGGAGCUGAAAGAUUUUAUAAGAACAUCGAGGACAUGAUCGGCUAUCGGCCAUGUGGCUGGUGGAAGCUUUGCUGGAUGAUCUUCACACCUCUAAUUUGCUUGGGAGUGUUUACCUUUAGUGCCAUUGAGAUGACUCCUCUCACCUUGGGGAAGUAUGUGUACCCCCUGUGGGGCCAAGCGAUUGGCUGGCUCAUGGCAAUGUCCUCCAUGGUACUCAUCCCAGGCUAUGUUAUCUACAUGUUCUGCAGCACCAAAGGCAGCAUCAAACAGCGUUGGCGGAGGAUGACAACUGCCCAGGAGGAUGAAAGGCGAUCAGGGCAGGAUGAAUUCACACACACAGACAGCGUGGGUGAAGCACCUGUCUAAACCUGAUUGUUCAAGCUAAAAAAAUCUGUCUGCCAGGACUUAAUGUAGUUAAUAUUGGAAGUUAACAAUUUGAUGGAUGGAUAGAUAGAUGGAUGGAUGGAUGGAUGCAGUAUUGUCUCUGGACUACAGUGUCUAACCAUCCUUCAACUUGAGUUGAAGUAAAUAAAGAAGAUGAAUAAGUAUUUUUGAUAUAGAUAUUGUUUCCUUUUCAGUAAAAGUUAUGGCAAGCAAGUGAAUGAUACAGGUCACAAUAACCUGUAUACAAAGCCCAUAUGUACAAUAAACCAUCAUGAAUGUAAAUCCACAUGCUCUUCAUAAAUUGCAGCACAAUGAAGGCCUUUGUUUAUAACGUUACUGCAAAUUUAAUGAAUAUUGUUGUACUGCGAAAUGGAACUGUCUGGUAAAACUUGAUUUCAAGUAUAAAACUCUAUUAAUGGGGAACCCCAAUAUUUCAUUUAAAGAACCAACCAGUUACUGUGAUGUAGUUAUUCUCAGCAACACAGUAUCGCUUCAGUUGUCUGUAGGUCACAUUUAUCUGAGCAAGACCUAAAAUGAAAAGUAAUAUUUCUCAUGAUAAUCUUUAACAUAAAUAAGGAAAUCUACACGUUAUUUACCAUAUGCUGUUUUUCAGUUAACACAGUUUUGAAAUACCUGUUUUUAGUUUUUAAUUAUGUAUAUUGAAGUUAAGUAUGUAUAUUGAAGAGUUUGAUUAAAAUAUUAGAGAACUGUAAAUAUAAUUGUUUUGUUAUAUUUAUGCACUGUCUAUAAAACGUGGAUGUAGGUCCAGGAACUGAGAAGUGAAGCCAAUGUGGAAGUGCCUUAAACUUAAAUUCAUUCACCUGACCAGUAGGGGGCGACUACUCUGGUUGCCAGAAGAAGUUUGAUUGUUUAAUCUUUAUUAUAACAUUACCCUGUUAUUCAAGUAAACACUUUACUAAUGGGUUUAUGGUUUUAACCAUUAGUUUUAUGUCUUGCUUAAUACAAGAUAGUGUUUAUUUUGUAUAUAAUGGUCAAAUUUAGAGUAAAACAGAUGGUAAAAUAGGGUGAUGUCAAAAAUGCAGAGGCGGAAGUCAACAAACUAGUGGGUUGGAUACAUCCAUAUUUUAUAAACAGUCUAUGUUUGUAUUAAGUGUAUUUUUAAACUAUGAAACUUUUCAUGAUAAAUGUUUUCAAACUCUGUUUUAUAAGGUGAAUGUGAAAACCAAGCAUCUUAGAAAAGAAAAGUAAAAGAAAAGACACUUUUUUCAUCUCCAAAAUUGUGUUUGGUUUUUAAAAGCUUCAUUAAGCUUAAUUUUAUCAAUACAUAAAAAACACCUAAUGCUUAAGUAUGUUUGUAAAACUUAAAAUUACUGAAUAUAGUGAAGCAAGGUUUUCUUUGGACUGCAACUUUAUGAUCUGUAUUAAAGAUAUACCCUGAUAUUGCUUCAGAGUUCAUGUUAAUAAAAUGUAUACC